GUUCGACACGUUUUUAACAUUAGUAUUUUCAUAAAAUUGAUUCACAAAUAAACAAUGGAAAUGAUGAUGUGUCUGAAGAACCAUUUGUUGGAUCACAAGAACCAUUGUCGGAUUUCGAUAUUGUUGUUGGAUAUUUAGAGGAGAUAAUGAUGAGUGAUCACUUUCAAAGUAUCCAAGAUACAUUUAUGAAUGAAAAUUACAAUGAAUUUGAUGAAAAUGAAGAGAAUAAAUUUUGUUAUACAGAAAUUCAUGAAAAAUAUAUUGAUACAGUUGAAAGAGUAUUAGAAGAGCAGUUAUGUCAAAGAAUACCUCAUUUCUCAAUGCGUUCAUUUAUAGAUAGCUUAGUUUCCAACUAUAGUUCAUUAGAUGGUGAAGUAUUUGAAAUGUUGUAUACAUUCACUGAUUUCCUUGCAUUCAAAGAAAUGAUGAUUGACUAUAAGAAGGCUAAAACUGGACAAACUGUUCACUUGGAAUUGAUUAAUUCUUAUCCCAAUUGUAAUAAUCUAUCGAUCAUAAUGAAUGAUACAAUGGAUCAUUCAUUACAAUAUAGAUCUAAUAGUACAAUUAGAAACUCUUGUUCUUCAAUAACAAACUAUACAAAUGGAAAGAAUGAAAUAGAUCGUUAAACUUUACGAAAAAAUUUUACCUAUCUGUGAAAUGAAUUGCAUCAUAUUCAUUAAACUGAUUGCAUUUGUUUAUAAAUUCAUUUCCAUUUGUGUUAUUUGAAUGAUUUUUCAUUAUAUUGGAUGAAUUUAAUCUUAACUUCAAUAUGUACUACUCUUAA